AUUCUCUCUCGUGUCCGAAAAUUCUCAUUCAAAAAGAUCUUAUCUGAUCAUCUCGCAUUUGGCCUUUAGUGGAUCUGCAACGACUCCAACUCUGCCGCCCAGCGUGCCCGUCUUCACAAUGAGUCUACAGCAGCUAAGCUUCUAUUUCGACUUUGUCAAAGUCAUCGUGUCCUAUCUUGCCAGCAUAGCGUUACACAAGGGGCAAUCAAUUAUCCAUAAAGCUACGUAUCGACUGCUACCUGACUCACGUGUCGUGAUCGUCGUUGGAGGCUCUUUUGCGGGGAGUCUUGUUGCUCAACGUUUGGCUCACACGCUUCCCUCCGGCUAUCGCGCUAUUCUCAUCGAAAAGCACUCUCACUUUAACUACGCGUUCAGCUUCCCUCGAAACUCCGUCCUGUCAGGGCGAGAGCAUAAUGCUUUCAUUACGUACGACAACAUCGCUGCAGGUGCUCCGGAUGGCAUCUUCCAACGAGUCUGCGACGAAGCAUCUGAUAUCACUGAGACCCAUGUUCACACCGUCGGCGGUGUCUCUCUUCCUUACGAUUAUCUCGUGAUUGCCACUGGCGCAGCCCAGCCUCCUCCAGCUCGAUUGAAUGCACGGAUUAAGGAAGAUGCAAUUGAAGAACUACGAGGUUUCCAGCAACGCGUAGCCAAGGCCGAUAGGAUUGCAGUAAUUGGAGCUGGAGCGGUUGGGGUUGAACUGGCGACCGAGAUUAAAGAAGAGUACACCGACAAAAAGGUUACCCUCAUUCAUUCUAGACAACAACUCCUGCCCAGAUUUGGUCAGAAGCUCCAUGAUCAUGUCAUAUCUGCACUCAAGAAUCAAGAUAUCGAGGUCAGAUUAGGCGAGAGACCUGUCUUUCCAAGUGAUGCUGGCCAAUCUGUCCAGGAGACCAGUCUGACCUUUUCUAACGGAGAGACUAAGACUUUCGACCUCGUGAUUCCCUGCACUGGUCUUCGCCCACGAUCUGACAUCCUCGCCACAUAUUCUCCCAAGAGUAUCGCAUCCAACGGCGAGAUCCUAGUCAAACCAACACUUCAAGUCCAAAAUUUGCCCUCUCCCCGACAGAACAUUUUUGCCGUAGGCGAUGUCGCUCAGUCUGGAGGCGCAAAACAAGCUCGGGCUUGUAUGAUGCAAGGCGAGGUUGCAGUUCAAAAUAUCCUCAGCCUUAUCAAGAGUAACACUGCCACAAAAGAAUACAAGCCGCAGUUCUUUGAAGGGAUGCUGAACCUGACAUUGGGAACGCAUACCGCUGUGGUGUAUAUCCAGAAAGGAGAUUUUGAGCUGGUUAAGGCAACUAAGGGACCAGAUGAGGAUUUGGAUGUUGGAAAGAUGAGAUGGCAACUCAAUGCAAAGUCGGGAUGAACUAAAACCUUUCUUUUUCUUGGCAAUAUCAAGGGUAUACCGUUGCUCAGUCUCUAUUGAUAAUAUGGUUACCACCUCUUCUAUAAUACGUUAUAUUAUUUCUUAAAUCG